AGUUACACUACCUUCUUUCAUCCGUUUUUCGUGCGCGUGAAAGGCGAAAAAGGUGUGUGGGUUCCAAACUUGCGGUAUAAGCGUCUCCAGCGAUGCCUAGGCCUCAUUUCCGGCGACCACGACGAAAGUCCCGUUUCCCAGGGCGGCCAAGAUGAAAGGCCUCUCUUCAAAAGUCACACCAACAAAGAAAAUGCAUCAUGGGCGUCUGCAUCGCGUCAUCAGCUGACAGCGUCUUCUUCAAGUGUUGGGCGGGCGCAUUACCGAGCUCCUGCGCCCAUCCCAGAACCUAUCCGUGAUGGACCGCCGAAUAUGGAUGAUGAAGAUGACGAAAAUGAAGACGAUAUUCACCUCCAAGCAGGACAAGAAAACGUUGUUGGGCGACGACAACCUGUGCCUCUACAGCAGAACGAUCGUGUGGUUGCGGCUCAAGAACCUCUGGUGGGGACAGAGCAGGGCCGAGGGGAGCAGCGCAGGAGCGCAGAAGCGAACCGAGAACGCAUGAUUCUCGAUGCUGCUGACCGCUUGCUGGAGGAAAAUUUUGUUUCGGGCGUUGUGAAAAUGGGUUGUCAAGCUUUCAUCCGAAAGAAAUUGUGCAAUCCGGAUGCCACUGAUGUCGCGCGGGUGCGCAAGUGGUUCUUGCUACGGAUCAACAACCAAAUGUGGCGACAUAACAUGCAGAGCCGCGUCUUGUCGACCGAUAACAUACCGGUAGAGCAAAAUUACGACGUCUGGCCAGAAGACAACGAGCGCUUUCCCUUUCUCGGUGAGCUGCGGAAACGUUUUCCCGCAAUCCGGAACGAAAUUCUGUUUACGAAACGUCUCACUAAUGAUCUAUUAUUUCCAACGGGGAAAUACUUUCUUACUCUUUCGACACACAUCGGAACUCAGGUUCUGAGGAGAUGAGCCUGUAGGGAUCCAAGCUUGAGGUAGGGAGAGUUCUAAUCUGGCGCUGCGCGGUCGCGUAUCCGGGUUCCAACCUUACAGAGAUCCAAGACCAAACAGCACAGAAGCUGUUGACCACAGUGAAAGCAAGGAGGGAACUUCUAGUAUUAAGGCCAUUGUCUAUCUCCAGUAUUACAUGGCUGCUAUCUUUGACUUUGCAUCAUCUUCCUCGAGUAGAGGCUCCCUUUUCAACAUUUUCGCAAUACAACAACUCCUGGCUUCGGGAAAAGACAAGGAGCUGCCACGUAAUUAUAAACUCCCCUCCUCAUAGUUGUACCAGUAUGUUCGUGUGGAGGUGGUUGUACUAAGUUGUAUCGAUGUGCUCUAACAUGAAGAGUAAACGAGAAGAUCUUCCUGGAGUGUCUGCGACCUCUUCAGGGUGCUGGAAUGUGCUCUAUCUGUACCUGAAUCAUAAGCGUUUCGACGACAAUCUUGCCCAAUUGCCUGAGACACGGAAAGCCAUUGAGGAGGUGUUUCCUCGUCACUACAGUCAUGCCUUUGUGUCCGCACUCACGCCUGGCACACGAAUUAUAUUAUGGCUUGUGGUACUAGGACUGCUAGUGGUAGUGCAACUUCUGAAUUUGAAGAUUUCCUAGCUUUUGGUUUCCGAACAAUUUCUUGCUCAAGUAGAAGCAAAUACUUACAUUACAAGCGCGGGAGGUCCAUAGGUAUACGCUAUUACGAGGAGCAAGGACUAGAGCUAUAACUUACGAGCAGGAAAAAGCCGCGACAUGGAUAAGUUGCUACAGAUAUAAUGAAGUAGGACUAGAACGGGGAAUUGUAGCUCUAAUUAUACCGCAUUUUGGUCCGAGCAACCGCAUGCUGCGCGUCUGGUUACCCCUUGAUGGCAAUGCGGCAACAAUGUCAGUUGAAGGAGGUGCCGAAGAGGAAGAUCUCGAGGAGGCUGAUAAUAUGGAUGUGGGUGGUACUAGGAAGGCUAAGGGCGUUUUCCUGAGGCGUGAGGAACUUCGCAGUGGAGGAACCGAAGUAUGGAGGUUCGGCGAGAAGGAUUCUACCCUUAGGAAUCAUGCCGAAGAAGAGGAGCAGAAGUCGUUGCCUCCGAAGAAGUCCGCGAACAAAAAGGCAUCUUCUUGUACUGCGAAUUGUAGUUCCGCAGACGAUUCGAAGCUGGAUGCCUUGCAAAGACGUUUUCCGGUUGCUUUGCACGUCGGACGAAAAGUCGUCUCUGCGGCAGAUGGAGACCCCUUUGUGUGGUUAAGGCUAGAGAUAAUUGUCCAUCGUUGAGAGCAUCCCUGAAAGGGAUUAUAGACACCGGACAUGUUUACAACUUAAGUACUCACAAUUUAUUUUUUCUCGUGAAUGAGUCAGUGCGUCAAUUAAACCAGUCAACCACGACUUCAAUCUCGAAGCUGAAGGUUCAGGUCAGAGAUGAAUUAGAAUCACGUAUAAAUGAACCCUCAAAUAAUAUGCGGGUCAGAGAUGAAUUACAACUUAUGAGCCGUCCUCUCAAGGCUCUAUGUAAGCUUUGGAGGCACUCUUCCUCUUGUUCUCCAGCUUACGACCCAUUUGCUUAUGAACCGAUCUAAGGUGGGACCAUAGUUAUCGGCAUUCAGCGUGGAACUUGUCGGAGCAAACGCGGUUGGUGCUCAUUGUUGACAUCUGGCAUCCAGAAUUGUCAGAUGCCGAAAUCAAAUUUUUGUCGGCGCUCCAGUUAAGAUAUAGCGAGAUAAACUACAGUGCUGUGCUGACUGUAUCCUCAUUCUUCAAGAUUAAGUAUCUUCCUUGGCCUCCUUAGAUAUUAUCCUUCGGAGGCUCUUUUUUAAUAGGAAUUGAAAGAAUUAUAAUUAACUUAUUUACUUGGCCUCCUUUUAUAUCGAGGGAAAAAAUUACAAGUUAGGUGGUUGAAUAUUGCCCAUAUUUAAAGAAAGCUCGUCCAAGGAUAUGACAGACUCUGAAGGAAGGUGUGACGCGGUUGUCGCUCUAAUCCGCCAGGCGAAAUUGCGAAUGGGCCGACGACUCGUUGAGGCGCAUAAAGAUCACCCUGACGCAGAAAACAACCUGAUUGCUCUCGUAGAAAAAACGAAAGGCGUACUCACUGACGACGACUGGUGGGUCCUUAACGCGGAGAGGGAACAUGCAUGAUAAACAUUGGGAUGUCGAUGACCACAAUGGAUGAUACGACCUAUGUAUGAUGUACGAUAUCAGGGACACAUACAUGAAAUGUAUGAUUUGUCGCAAAUCUUUCUAGACUGUAGCUGAAUCCUCCGCACAACAUGUUUUACGACGAGUCAAAAGAUUUUAUUUCUGCAAGAACAAGAACUGAGAUUUUCUUCCUUG